AUGACACCUCUCAUCCGAGUCAUUGGAUCCCUCAACGCUGACAUGGUCUCAGUAGCACCCCGAUUCCCAGACCCAGGCGAGACAAUCACCUCCUCAUCCUACUUCACCAGCGCGGGCGGCAAGGGCGCAAACCAAGCUGUGGCAUGCGGACGCAUGUCCCGAGCCAAGCCAACAGGUACCACAAACUCCACAAGCGACGUCAAUGUCGAGAUGAUAGGUGCAGUAGGAGCCAUGGACGGCCACUUCUCCUCCUUACUCAAGCCGACCCUCGAGAGAUCUGGAGUCGACCCUUCCCGAGUGAAAGUCAUCGACAACGCAUACACGGGUGUGGCAGUGAUCAUUGUGGACUCGUCAGCCGGUGGCGAGAACCGGAUUCUCUUUUCGCCAGGUGCAAAUUACGAUGGCAUGCAGCCUACCCCGGAAGUGCUGGGCAUGGCGCUAGCGGCGCCCGUACCCGACGUCAUUGUUAUGCAAGGCGAGAUCCCGGUCGACACGGUUAUCGGCAUACUACGUGACAUAGCAGCAUACAAGGCCAAGUCUCGCGCUGCUGGGAAAUGUGGCAUUGAGUGCGGUCCGGAUGUUAUGCUUAAUCCGGCACCUGCACCGCCUGGUGAACAACUGCUUCGCACGGUGCCGGAAGCAGAUGGUUUGGAUGGCAAGGAGAAGGUCGCUCGAUAUUUCCACAAAUUGGGUGUUAGCUACAUCCUUAUCACGUACGGGGCAAAGGGCGUCUGGUACAGUGCCGCGGAUGGCGGCUCGUCUGGACCCAGUGAUGGAGUACAGCGCUUCACUAACGAGAUUCCAGCUGCCCCUGUCUCCCGGGUCUUGGAUACUACUGCGGCGGGUGAUACAUUUGUUGGUGCCUACGCGGUCAGAGUGGCACGAUGGCGCGAGCAGCGUCGCGGGGAGGGCAAGGCUGGGCAGGAUGUUGCGGAUGAUGAGAAGGCAUACCGGUACAAGACUGUCAUGGACGAGGCGAUGCGUUUGGCUGCGCUCGCCUCGGCUCGGGCUGUGGAACGUCAGGGUGCCAUGGACAGCAUUCCUUUUGAGGAUGAGAUCUGA